CUGGGAUGUUGUAUUAUAAGCGAUGGGUAUGGAUGAUGAAGGAUUGGACAGCGGUGGCAACCACACGGCCCUCCUCACGACUCAGCUGUGCGUGCUCGUCGCUGUGAUCUGUGUGCUAGGCUCGGCGCUGGCCUGGGCGCCGGCGCCUCUGCUGCGCGUGCCGCCAGGGUACGUGGCCUUGCCGUCGUCAAUGGGCAGGGCUGCCUGCGGCUCCUCGGGCUACCGUCCUGGUAGCGUGUGCUGCUGCUCGGCCACCUCGGAGGCGGCCCGGCCCGCGCUGCUCGGCGCCGGCCACCCGCGUUACGCCGUGGCCUACGCCCCGUCGGCCGACUACGCGCGCGCCGCACUACCUCAGCCCGCCUGCUUCUACGUCAGCGGCAGCAGUAUUAGGAGCGCCGCCGGCGGCUACGGCGGCUACGGCGGCUACGGCGGCUACGGCGGCUACGGCGGCUACGGCGGCUACUUGCAGCGCGGCUUGUACGGCGCUUACGGCGGCAGACUGUACUCACCGUACUCGGGCGAACCCUACCACUGAGCCGUGCGGCUGCGGGCGGCCUGUACUCGCCCUACCACUGAGCCGUGCGGCUGCGGGCGGCCUGUACUCGCCCUACCACUGAGCCGUGCGGCUGCGGGCGGCCUGUACUCGCCCUACCACUGAGCCGUGCGGCUGCGGGCGGCCUGUACUCGCCCUACCACUGAGCCGUGCGGCUGCGGGCGGCCUGUACUCGCCCUACCACUGAGCCGUGCGGCUGCGGGCGGCCUGUACUCGCCCUACCAGUGCGCCGUGCGGCUGCGGGCGGCCUGUACUCGCCCUACCAGUGCGCCGUGCGGCUGCGGGCGGCCUGUACUCGCCCUACCAGUGCGUCGUGCGGCUGCGGGCGGCCUGUACUCGCCCUACCACUGCGCCGUGCGGCUACGGGCGCUGCGAGAGGCAGGUCUGCUUCCUGUUCGUCUGCUAGCCGGCCGUAGUGACACCAGCGGCCCAUGAAGGUCGCAUCAACAAGCUAAUGUCAAAGAGAGCUGCAAUGGUAGAAAUAAAGCAAUUUUAUCACGGCAUCUUCG